UCAUCUCAUCAUUUCUUUCUUCUCUCUUUUUGGUUCUUUAAUUUUUUUUGAUUAGGAAACCAAGAAAGAAAGAAAGAAAAAAAAAUGAUGAAAAUGGAAAUUGGAAACACAACGGCCGGCGGAGGCGACGGUGAACUGGAGCUCCGACCUGGAGGAAUGGUUGUACAGAAACGAGCGGAUCAAAGCUCUUCUAACGUGCCACGUGUCAUUCGUGUUCGGGUCAAAUACGGGUCGGUUCACCACGAGAUCAGUAUCAACUCUCAAUCUACUUUUGGAGAGUUAAAGAAGAAAUUGUCUGGUGCGACAAGAGUUCAUCAUCAAGACAUGAAGAUUAUAUACAAAGACAAAGAAAGAGAUUCGAAGAUGUUUCUUGAUCUCUCCGGUGUUAAAGAUCGUUCCAAACUUGUUCUCAAAGAUGAUCCGAUUUCUCAGGAGAAACGUCUCCUGGAGUUGAGGAAAAUCGCAGUCCGUGAGAAAUCUACUAGAGCACUCUCCGACAUUACCUCCCAUGCCCAAAAACUCGCCGGACAACUGUCGGCGUUUGAUACAGUAAUUGGUAAAGGAGGGAAAGUUGAAGAGAAGAAUCUGGAGAAUUUGAUGGACAUGUUUAUGAAUCAAUCGGUGAAACUCGAUGCUAUCUCAGGAGAUGGAGACAUCAAACUGAAGAAGAAGAUGCAGGAGGAAAGAUUACAGAAGUAUGUUGAGGCACUCGACUUGUUGAAGAUCAAGAACUCAAUUCUACUGCAACCGCAACCGCAGCCAAAACCGCAAACGCAAACGCAACCGCAAUGCAAGGAACCAGAUUUGUUGACAUUUGAUGAGGAAGUGCCAAGGAAACCGACGGCCUCCUCAUCAAGUCCUUCUGUGAUCAUAACUACGAGAUGGGAAACCUUCGAUUCCAACUCUACUUCAGCGGCCACGGCACAAACCGUUAAACCGGUUCAACCAAAUCACAAAUGGGAAUUAUUCAAUUAAGAUAACAUCUAUAUAUACACUAUAUACAUAACAUAUUAAACUAUUUUUGCUCUCAGAUUUCUUGUAAGUUUGUAACAUAUAUGUCUCUUUCUUUUUUUAUGUCUAGUUGUGAUUGGCCUUUUCGGUUACAUUAUCAAAUUUUGUUGCCGACUCGUGUGUUGCUUAUACUUUAUACCCUAAAGGAGAGCUUCAACAAAUACUGAUGAUUGUCUCAUGAUUGUCAUAAUCGUAUAUUUAUAUAUUUGUAUAUCUUCGUGAUCCAUUAAUACUA